AUGAAUAUAGAUAAUUGUAAUGAAUCAGACCAAAAGGAUCAAGAACCAAAUUCAAAUAUAGAAACUGACAAUGAUGACAUAAUAGAGUCAAGGUUAACACCACCUUUACCUCUAAAUGAAGAGGAAUUAUUCAAUGAAGAAUUAUUAUUCAAUAAUGAAGGAUCUGAAGAAAUUAAUUGUAAACAAUUAGAAAUUUCACAAAAACUGGAUGAACUUCAAAAAAUUUCAAGUGAAUUUGAAGCUGCUGUUUGGUUAGCAAAACAUCUACGUGUACUUGA